UUUGCAAAUUUGUUGAGGUCAAGAAGAAGAUCCGGUGAGAGCGACAUGUGGGAACGUUUCGCCCGACUUUAAGAAGAAUUAGUUGUUUUAUAUGAAAAUCAGGAAGUGUAAAGGAUUCAAUUCACUUAACCGGCUUUUUUGCAUAUAUAAAAUUCCAUAAUAUUCAGCGUAAAAAUUAGAAGGGAAACAUGGUGUUGACUUGUAGAUUUUAUAAGGAGAAAUAUCCUGAGGUGGAGGAUGUUGUUAUGGUUAACGUACGAUCAAUUGCCGAAAUGGGCGCUUAUGUCCAUUUAUUGGAAUACGACAACAUAGAAGGGAUGAUUCUAUUAUCAGAAUUGUCACGUCGACGAAUCCGCUCCAUAAACAAACUGAUUCGUGUCGGCCGGACGGAACCGGUUGUCGUCAUUCGAGUUGACAAGGAGAAAGGCUACAUUGAUUUGUCGAAACGACGUGUUUCCGCUGAGGACGUUGAAAAGUGCACGGAGAGGUUCGCUAAGGCGAAGGCUGUAAAUUCAAUCCUGCGUCAUGUCGCCGAUAUACUUAUGUAUAAGUCGAAUAGUCAAUUGGAGGAACUAUACCAAAAGACGGCGUGGCAUUUUGAGGAGAAAUACAAGAACAAAGCUUCCGCCUACGAUAUUUUCAAGCAGGCUGUGGUUGAUCCAUCGUUGCUUGAUGAAUGCGGUCUCGACGAAUCAACACGUGAUGUUUUAUUGAACAACAUUAAGAGAAAAUUAACCUCACAAGCGGUUAAAAUUCGUGCUGACAUCGAAUGCUCGUGUUAUGGGUACGAAGGAAUUGAUGCUGUAAAAGCUGCAUUGAAAUCAGGUCUUGAAGUCUCAACGGAAGAAUUGCCUAUUAAAAUUAAUUUAAUUGCUCCUCCACUAUACGUCAUGACUACGUCCACACCAGAAAAAGCUGAUGGACUGAAAGCACUAGAAAUUGCAAUUGAAAAAAUCAAGAAAACUAUACAGUCUUUCAAUGGUGAAUUUAAAAUUCAAAUGGCGCCAAAAGUCGUUACUGCCAUGGAUGAAGCUGAUCUUGUCCGGCGAAUGGAACGAGCUGAAAUUGAAAACGCUGAAGUUGCUGGCGAUGACGAAGAAGAGGAAGAUGAGGAAGGCAUGAAAUUCGAUGGCGAAGGUGAAAUGGAUGAUGAAGUAAAUGAGAAUGAUGAUGAUGCUGACGAGUAAAUGUACUUUCUUACGCAUAAAUAAAUUUUUUUUUAAAUAUAAA